CACACCUACCCCAGGCCCCAGCUAGCCACUGCCACGCCCGUUGCAUUUCCUCGACCGAGCUGAGCUCUUGCACUCCUAAGUCCUAACCGUCGACAUCAUCGCGCAUCGAACUCUGCUACCAGCCAGAGCAUCAUCGAUCGUCGGGGCCAGGCGGCGUCAGGCCUCCGUGACGACAUGGUGAAGGGCGGCGCGCAUCAGCUGCAGACGGACGCGGCGGCCCAAGGCAAUGCGGCGGCGGCGGCGAGGCAGCACGGCUGCGGCGGCGGGAAGCGGCAGUACAAGGGCGUGCGCAUGCGGAGAUGGGGCUCGUGGGUGUCGGAGAUCCGGGCGCCCAACCAGAAGACGCGGAUAUGGCUCGGCUCCUACUCCACCGCCGAGGCCGCCGCCCGCGCCUACGACGCCGCGCUGCUCUGCCUCAAGGGCUCCGCCGCCGACCUCAACUUCCCCGUGCACCUCCCGUUCCACAUCCCCGCCGCCGCCAUGUCGCCCAAGUCCAUCCAGCGCGUCGCCGCCGCGGCGGCCGCCAGUACCGGCGGAUGCAGCCCGCUGCAGGCCGGCGCGCCCUGCUACCCCGCCGCCGCGGCCACCAACGCCGCCACUACCCCGCCCUGCAGCUACGGCGACGCCUCGUCGGGCGCGAGCUCCCCGGAGACCGGGAGCGGCGCCGGCCAGUACUACGAGACGGCGCACGACGACGUGGACGUGACGGGGGACGCGGACUUGGCCGCGCUCGCGGACAUCGAAGCCUUCUUCCAGUCGCCCAAGUGCAUGGAGUACGCCCUGAUGGACCCAUGCAGCUCCUUCUUCGCGUCGGCGCCCAUGGCGACGGACGCGUCCAACGAGUGGGAGGAGGAAGGUGAGAUCAACCUCUGGAGCUUCUCCUCCGUCAACUGAUCGAGAUCAGCUGCUAGCUCCUCCACCAGACAUCAGCUCGGCGGUCAAACCUCAGGCGAUCAUCAUCAUUCAUCAACUCAACACUGACUGAUUAAUAAUCACUACCGCAACCUAACGUGAUCAAGAAUUGGUCACGGUAUAAUAAACAGUAUAUCAUAUAUAUACGAUGAAGGAUUAUUUGAUUCAUAUGAACUACUAGAAGUUAAUUAUUGUACUACUUGAUUCAUAUGAACUACUAGAAGUUAAUUAUUGUACUACGUACUAGUGCUAGGCUAAUUGUGCAAUGUGGGGGAGCUCUCAUGGAGCUACAUGUUUUAAGGCAGCUUUCCAUGGAGUCAACUUCCUCUCAUCAGUUGCAUGCCAUGCUAUGUGUAGAAUCUGUGUUUCUGCAAGUGCAAGUAAUGAAAUAUGAUGAUGUACUCCUACUUGUGUCCAAA